AUGGUAAGUAAGUUUGUGGUAGCCGUCUACCUGAUUACUAUCCUCUUGGUGAACAUGUUACUGAUCGUGGUCAUCUGUGUGAACAGGAGUCUACAUGAACCCAUGUACAUGUUUCUGUGCAGCCUGUUUGUAAAUGAGCUGUAUGGAAGUUCAGGCUUGUUUCCAUUCCUGCUGGUUCAGGUUCUGUCUGACGUUCACACCGUUUCUGUUCCACUUUGUUUCCUGCAGAUCGUUUGUUUGUACUCGUAUGCAAAAGUAGAAUUUUGUAAUUUAGCCGUCAUGUCUUUUGACCGGUACGUUGCCAUCUGUCGUCCCCUUCAGUACCACACAAUAAUGACACAUUUUACGGUCCUGAUCCUCAUCGUUCUCACGUGGUUGUACUCGUUUAUGACGUUUAUGAUUACCUUAUCAUUAACCCUCCGUCUGACUCUUUGUAAGAACGUCUUAAACAAUGUAUAUUGUCUUAACCAUCAGAUCGUUAAGUUGGCGUGUUCGGACACCAGACUGAAUUUUAUUUAUGGGCUUUUUGGUACCGUCCUCUCAGUCUUAGUCCCGCUGCUCACCAUCCUUUUUUCUUACAUUAAAAUCCUGCAUGUUUGUUGUGUUGGUUCCAGACAGACCCGGCAGAAAGCCGUCGGCACCUGCGCGCCUCACCUGGCUUCGCUCCUGAACUUUUCUUUUGGCUGCCUGUUUGAAAUCUUUCAGAACAGGUUUGACACGAUGGAGGUACCGAGCGUCCUGAAGAUUACCAUGUCUCUGUAUUUUGUCGUGCUUCAGCCUCUUCUGAAUCCCAUCGUGUAUGGGAUGCGAGUGUCCAAGAUACAAACUGCAUGUAAACGUUUUUUCUUUAAAAAGAAACUCACCGAGCUGGUGUAA